GAAGAAGGCGAUAAUAUUAGAUCUGCUCACCAUUUCUCCGCCAUAGCCAAAGAUGGGAGACAACAACCCUAACCGACCAGAAGCCGAACGUCUUCUCGGAAUCGCAGAGAAGCUUCUCGAGUCACGAGAUCUCAACGGUUCAAAAGAGUUUGCAAUCUUAGCUCAAGAAACAGAGCCACUCCUCGAAGGCACCGAUCAAAUCCUCGCCGUCGUCGAUGUUCUCCUCUCAUCUUCCUCAGAGAAUCGCAUCAAAACCAAACCAAACUGGUACAAAAUCCUUCAGAUCGAAGAUCCAAAUGAAUCAUCAACAGACAAUGACCUAAUCAAGAAACAAUACCGUCGUCUAGCUCUUCUUCUCCACCCAGACAAAAACCGUUUCCCUUUCGCUGAUCAAGCUUUCAGAUUCGUGCUUGAUGCAUGGGAAGUUCUAUCAACACCUUCAAAGAAAUCUCAAUUCGAUCGAGAUUUGAAUCUCAUCUUCACAAAAGUAGAUCUCAAUACUCAAAAAUCGAAGAAGAAAACAACAACUAAUGAGAAGAUGGCUACGUUUUGGACGGCGUGUCCGUAUUGUUACAGUCUUCAUGAGUAUCCUAGGGUUUAUCAAGAGUAUUGUAUCAGAUGUCAAAACUGUCAAAGAGCGUUUCAUGCGGCGAGAGGAGAAGCUGCCAUUGCUAAUGGAGUUGAUGCGGCUAAAUUUCCUAAUUGGAUGCCUCCGGUUUUCUCAUCUGGCGGCGUUGCAGCUCCGAUAGCUCCUCCAAGUGUUAAUGGUGGCGGAUACGGGGUUGGUCAUCCGUCUUCUUCGCAUGGUGUUCAGGUUAGCUUUGAUGGAUGGUCAGGUGGUGCGGGGAAGAGAGACAACGUUGGAGUUAAUUUAGAUGGAACGCCGAAGAAGAGAGGAAGAGGAAGGCCGAAGAAGAAUCCGGUUUAGUGAUCUCCGGUGAUGGUCAAAUAUGG